ACAGGUCCUGCUGCGGCUAAAGGCUUGGUUGGAGAAAGGUCCGAUGGAUUAGAAAGAUCGCGGUAGAACUUCGCCGGCGCUGAAGGUGGUACGAAAGACUUUCUCGGUCGUAGGCAUCCCAUAUGCGUUUGUCGCGCAACGUCGGAGGUUGUACAGCGCUCCAAAGUUUAUGCCAUCACAUCUCAUGGAAGCCGACAGGUAAGCGGCAGCAAACCCUAGCAGCCGAGGUGUGCCUAUCGGGAAUCGGCCUCCACUCCGGCGCCGCAACGACGGCCCGGCUGUUUCCUGCCAUGGCCGGCGAGGGGAGAUACUUCGUGGCUUUUGGACUAUUGAGAAUCCCUGCAACAAUAGAAUAUGCGGUGAACUCGUCGCUCUGCACUACGCUGUGCCGCGGUGGGGUGAGGGUGCGGACGGUCGAGCACCUGCUUUCGGCUUUAGAGGCCUGUGGGGUGGAUAACUGCAGGAUUGAGAUUGAAGGGGGCGAGGAGGUAACGCAUGGUUAAUGUUGAUUAUUCUUA